GAAGCAAUUGUGCGUUUCACGAGCUUUCGUGAAACGGUUCGUGUGCCGCAAAAUCGUCUAUUCAAUAAGAUUGACAGACCAUCGCACAAACGGUUAAACGAUGGUGUUCGAGACGAAGUUUUACGACAUCCUGGGGGUGACUCCGGACUGUUCGGCGGAAAAGUUGAAGAAGGCGUACCGGAAAAUGGCUCUCAAGUAUCACCCCGACAAGAACCCAAACGAGGGCGAAAAGUUCAAGCAAAUCUCGAUGGCGUACGAGGUGUUAUCCGACCCGGAGAAAAAGGCCAUCUAUGACGAGGGUGGCGAGGCGGCGAUCAAACAGGGCGGAACCGGUGGUGCCGAUGUGUUCCACAGCCCGAUGGACAUCUUCCACAUGUUCUUUAACGGUGGCUUCUCCACUCGCAAAUGCGAACGCCGAUCAGGGAACCUGAUCCACACGCUUUCGGUGUCCCUGGAGGAUCUGUACAAUGGCACCAAGCGCAAGCUGGCCCUCCAGAAGAACGUCAUCUGCGAGUCGUGCGAGGGUGUCGGCGGCAAACGGGGCGCGUCGCAUAAAUGCGCCCCGUGUCGGGGGACGGGCGUCAUCACAAAAGUGCAAAAAACCGCCCCGGGCAUGGUGCACCAAUACGAAGAGCCCUGCCGAACGUGCCGGGGCCUUGGUGAAACGAUCGACGACAAAGACCGAUGCAAGGAGUGUAGCGGCCGAAAGACGGUACGGGUGCGCAAAUUGCUCGAGGUGAACAUCAAAAAGGGCAUGGUCGACGAGCAGCGGAUUGUGCUACAGGGUGAGGGCAAUCAGGAACCGAAUUGCCGGCCGGGCGAUAUCGUGCUGGUGCUGGACGAGAAGGAACACCCAGUGUUCAAGCGAAACGGGACGGAUCUGUUCUUGAACUUGCAGCUGCAAUUGUCGGAAGCGUUGUGUGGCUUCCAGAAGGUGAUUCCGACGCUAGACGGUCGAAACAUCCUCAUCCAGUCCCAUCCGGGCGAGGUUAUAAAGCAUCUUUCAACCAAGUGUGUCAUUGGUGAGGGCAUGCCCCUUUCAAGCAUCCCGUCUGAGAAGGGUCGGCUGUUAAUCCAGUUCGUCGUCGUCUUUCCUAACUCGCUGCCGGUUGAGCUGGUGUCUGUGAUUCGCGAACAUCUGCCCUCCCCACCAGCACCCAUAAUACCUGAGGAUUGCGAGGAUGUUCAAAUGCUCGAUUACACCAUCGAUCAGUACCAAAAUGCGUUCCGCGAUGACGACACUAACGACGAAGCCGGAUGCCACAGCGGCUUCACGUUCGACCAUCGGCCCAACAAGGAGAGGGUACACGUUAAAGCGUGUAAUACGAGCUAAGUGUGGGGCACCGCUGGAAGAGAAAUUUACGGACAAACAUGGUCCAAAUCCUUGGGUAACAAGGUUUCGGUCUGUUUAUGCGUUUAUAAAAAAAAGAAACAUGCGAAGCCACCCCGGUCAGUAGCACGCCUGAAGAAUCCUGGAGCGGAAUUAAGACUGGCUCACCGAGCAGAACGGAGCAGUUGGAGGGAACCGUAAGAACGUGGAUUAUGUUGCAGCUAUACUCGUAUGCAUAAUUGUAAAUGUAAUUUUAAUGUUUUUCUCCCCUUAUUUUGACACUUACGGCACACCAUUGCAUGAACGCUCUGUUCCCUCCUUCUCUUCCUCGCGAAAAACCAAACGAUUCCAAAUAUGAUACCUUUCGCACUCUCUCGUCUCUCCCAGCCAUCGUGUGCGAAGGGAUCCUGUAUUCAAAUGGCGCGUGUCCACCAUUCGGACCAAGCUAGAAGAAUGAGCGACUAGAAUUGAGUGAAUGAGAAUGAGCGACCAAUUUGUGUUUUCCAGAGUCGUGAACCUACGUUUUGAACGGAACUGUAUUUACAAUAACACUAUUAUUUCAUAGCAAAAGGAGAUAUUUAAUUGAAUUUUUUUAGAUUUGUUUUUAAAUAGAAAAACUAAAUAUACAAACGAGUGCAAUGAGCUAGUUUUGCGUGUCCAUUGCUCGGACCAAACCAGCAAGCGAAACCCAUACAAUUUUAGACAAUUGAUAUAUCAACAGCUGGUCCCAUGGGCAACUCAUUCGAUUAGCCCGAUAGGUGGACACGCGCCAUAAAGAUUAGAUUUAAAACGUACAACGUGGUGUUGAAAACGCACACGAAGGAGAGAAGCGCAAUGGAAGGACUUAUUCUCCCUUCUUGCGCCUGCACGCCAACCGCACAUAAACAGUAUCGAUGCAAGGUAUAAAACUACUUCUUAUAGGGCUGAUGAAUCGUUUGGUCCAGGGCUGUCUUGUUAAGGCUUGCUAAGUUACUGCGUACAAGAGAGGCUCAUUCGUAAAAAUAAAACAGGUAUUUCAUACUGCUGAUCAAAAACCAACUGCCUUUCCGCUUUCAAAAACGUAAAGUACUCGGUGCCAUCCGGAAUUAAAGCUCGGAUAAAAUCCUGAUUGGCAGUUCCGUGCAUGUCCUUAGUUCGUAGAUCCUUCGGCCCGUGUGCGGGUUCUAUAUGCUACGUGCAUGCGGUAUGUUAGGAAGAAGGAUGGAGCGACGUAGGGAAGAGAAGCCCAUUGUAGGUAAGAGCGUUAUAAGUUAGUCAAAUUCAGUUACGAUAUUUUGUCACUUACUUCUACAACCACACACA